AUAUCCAGGUGUGAACAGGAUGGAAAAUCUGGAGCGUUUUUAUUUCUCUAUUUGUUCUAAACUUCGUCUGUCUCAUAAUACCUACAUUUCUCAGGUGCUGAAAGAGACAGAUAACUCCUGCAGAGACAUUUUAAUCAGACUGACGGGCAACAAUCGAGUAAAAGAAGUGGUCAGAUUAUCAGAUGAUGAUGUGCUUGCUUUGUCCAAAACAAUCCAGAGCAGUUUAAAUGUAAAAGCUUUAGACCUGAGAUACAACUGGAUCUCGGAUGACGGAGCCAUACAUCUUGCAGAUCUCCUUCAGGACAAUACGUCCCUCGAGGUGCUUGAUCUGAUGUGCAACAAUAUUGAAGCUGAGGGUGCAGAAAGGAUUGCAAAAGGUUUGCAUCACAACGUCAGUUUAAAGAAACUGAGAAUGUCUGGCAAUAAGAUCGGGAACAAAGGCGCCAUGCAUUUUGCCAGCAUGCUGCAAAUCAACUCCACAUUAGAAGAACUGGACAUGUCCGACUGUGAUUUGGGUACACAGAGUCUGAUCGCGUUUGCCAUCGUCCUAAACAAUAACGGGAGCAUCCGAUCCAUCAACGUCAGUCGCCCCCUUCUCUUCAGCCUGCAGGAGGAACCAACUGUCCACAUGGCUCAGAUGUUGCUCAUCAAUCAGACUUUGAAGGAGCUUCACAUGGGCAAGCACGGCAUGACGGACUUUGGUGUUGAGCGACUGUGUGAAGCGUUAAUGACAAACCGCAGCCUGCGUUACCUGGACCUCCGCUGUAACAAAAUCACAAGGGACGGAGCGAAAUGCUUGGCGGAAGUCCUGAAACAAAACGACACCCUGGAAAUCCUCGACCUUUCCUCCAAUCGGAUUGAAGAUGAUGGUGCUGUGUAUCUGAGUGAAGUCGUCACACUGCCGUACUGCAAACUAAGAGCGCUGGCCAUCACGAGCAACAACAUCGCCACGCCCGGUCUGGUGUCCCUUGCCAAAGCUAUGAAUGCAAAUCCUCAUCUGACGCACAUUUACAUCUGGGGGAACAGACUUGAGGAACCAGUUUGUGUGGCGUUCUCGAAGCUCAUUGCUGAUGGCCGCCUGUCGAAGGAGCGCACGGACGUGUUUCCCUAUGAAGUGGAUGGACGUUUGUAUUUGGCAGAGCUGUCCCAUGGGCUGCGACGACAUUACUACUGGACGCCGAGCUACGGCGAGGACGGGGACCCCGCCAGCAACGCAGCGCUGGAUUUGAACGCAUCAGACUGCCUCGCGCUGCAAGCCUGUUAAACUUUGUGAAGUCUGCCCUCUAGCAGACAAAAUUGGCUUCCAGUCUGCUGGGUGGGAAAGACCGGACUAAGGGGUGUAUAUGAAGGGAUUGGUGGACUGCGCACACGUCUGAGGGAGUUUGUGUCAGGCGAAUAUAUACACCCUCCGUGGACGCCAGUGGGAACCCCAGCAGUGGGUUGGCUACCCUAAAUUGGGGACAAAAUGUUUUUUUUUUUGUCCUGCUUCAGCACCAAUAGAGAAAGUUCUGAAG